UAGUUAUGCUGCGGCUUGGAGAUGUCACUAAGCCCGGAGCAGGUGACCUCGAUAGGUCUGGUAUUUGAAACGUAUCUGGCCGAGCACCACAAGAACGACAUCCUCCAAAUCCUGCAGGAGGUCGAUGAAGACGCUCAUUACCCGCUGGUGGUAAAUGCCAUGACUUUAUUCGAAGCCAACAUGGAGGUGGGCGAGUACUUCAACGCGUACCCCAGCCAAGUGCUGCCUGUAUUCGACUGCGCUCUUCACAGGGUGGCCCUAAGCGUCUCUCAGUCUGCGCAACCGCAAAGUACCUGUACACUCAAACGCAACCUGCAUGUUCGCAUUUCAGGUUUGCCUGUGUGCCCAGAGCUGACCAGGGAACACAUUCCCAAAGCGCGGGACGUGGGCCACUUCCUGUCUGUGACGGGCACAGUGAUCCGCACUGGUGCCACCAAAGUGCUGGAGCAGCGGCGGGACUACAUGUGCAACAAGUGCAGGCACGUGUUCAGCGUGCAGGCCGACUUUGAGCAGCACUACAGCUUCGUGCCUCCCACUCGCUGUCCCAGCGAGGACGGGUGCGGCUCCUUCGCGUUCACCUGCCUGUCAGAUGGCGAGGCCGCAUCCGCGGCCUGCAAAGACUACCAGGAGAUCAAGAUCCAGGAGCAGGUGCAGAGACUGUCUGUGGGCAGCAUCCCACGCUCCAUGCUGGUCAUUCUGGAAGAUGACCUGGUGGACAGCUGCAAAUCAGGUGAUGACGUCACAGUGUAUGGGGUGGUGUGGCAUCGCUGGAAGCCGCUGCACCAGGACAUGCGCUGCGAUGUGGAGAUUGUGCUGAGGGCCAACCACAUUGAGAUCAACAAUGACUACUCCACAGCAGCAGUGGCACUAGAUGACUUUCAAAAAGAAUUUGAGGAAUUCUGGGAAGAUCACAAAAAUGACCCUAUAGCUGGCAGGAAUCAGAUUCUGAUGAGUCUUUGCCCCCAGGUAUUUGGAAUGUAUGUUGUUAAAUUGGCCGUUGCCAUGGUUUUGGCAGGCGGGGUCCAGCGAGUUGAUCCCUCGGGGACAAAGGUGAGAGGCGAGUCUCACCUCUUGCUGGUGGGUGACCCAGGCACUGGGAAGUCUCAGUUUCUGAAGUACGCAGCCAAGAUCACCCCGCGCUCAGUCCUCACGGCCGGCAUCGGCUCCACUAACGCAGGUCUGACCGUGGCGGCUGUGAAGGACUCGGGAGAGUGGCACCUGGAAGCAGGGGCGCUGGUUCUCUCCGACGGAGGCCUGUGCUGCAUCGACGAGUUCAACAGCAUCAAGGAGCAGGACCGCACCAGCAUCCACGAGGCCAUGGAGCAGCAGAGCAUCAGCGUGGCCAAGGCCGGAAUGGUGUGUAAACUGGACACGAGGACCACCAUUCUGGCAGCCACCAAUCCAAAGGGCCAGUAUGACCCCAACAUGCCUGUUUCCGUGAAUGUGGCCCUGGCCAGCCCGCUCCUGAGUCGCUUCGACCUGGUUCUGGUUCUGCUGGACACCAAGAACCCAGAGUGGGACAGAAUCAUCUCAUCCUUCAUCCUCCAGAACAAAGGCGCGCCGAGUCGGUCUUCGUCGCUGUGGAGUAUGGAGAAGAUGAGGGCCUACUUCUGCCUCAUAAAGAGGCUGCAGCCGCGCAUCGGUCAGGAGGCUAACUCCAUUCUGACCCGCUACUACCAGCUGCAGAGGCAGAGUGAUGGCCGCAGCGCCGCCCGCACCACCAUCCGCAUGCUGGAGAGCCUGGGCCGACUCGCGGAGGCCCAUGCCAGGCUAAUGUUCAGAGAGACGGUCACAGUGGAGGACGCAGUCGUCGUGGUGUCUGUUAUGGAGUGCUCCAUGCAGGGGGGAGCACUACUCGGUAACGUGAAUGCUUUGCAUACCUCCUUCCCUGAGCGCCCAGGAGAGCAGUAUAGAGCUCAGUGUCAGACUGUACUGGAGGAACUGCGCUUGACCCACAUACUGAGCACAGAGCUGGAGAGGCUCUCAAGGCUGCAGAUCGGGACGUGCGGCUCAUCCGGAGGGGAGCAGCAGAGCGACGAGCGGUGGUGCAGCGACGAGACGGCCGCCUCUGACCCAAGCCUCGGCUGGUUCCACGGCCUGACCACGCCACCUGAUGUACACGCAACGGUCCCAGUGUCCCCCAUUCUGUCACACCCGCGGAACCAAGCAGAGCCCACGGCCGGCAACGGCAGCCCGGCGCCUAGCCGUGGCGCCGUGCGGCAGAAGGAGCCCGCAAGCGCGGACAGGGACAGGAUUGGAGCCGCCGAGAGAGGCGACUCCGUAGUGGAGAAGGGCUCCAGGAAGCUCCGCGCCCAGCGUCUGCGGGACAUGAACGCCGACCUGCUGCUAAGAGAAGAGAGCAGCUCCAUGCGACCAAGUACAGACGUGGUGGAUGACGUGAACGUGUUCAGCUCAGAAGAGGUUCCCUCCCACAGCACACCCGUGGUACACAAAAAGAAGCCUUCCAUAAGAAAACUUGCCCCUCCUGGCCCCCCCAAAGCAGAGCAGCGAGCCAGCGGUGCAGCAGAGAGCAGGGGAGACGUACACGCCAAACUCUCCUGCUUCACAUUCAGGCCUCGAGACAAAAUGGCGCACACGGAUCUGGAAAACUGUGGUGUCAGUUCCAACCCGCCUGCUAACAGGACUCUUUGUAGGGAGGAUGAAGGUGACGGACAGAAAAGUGGCACACCUGCCGUUCAUGUUAAACCACAGCCAAUGAAGCGAAGAGAAGGGGAGGAACGCGAAGGGCGCACAGCCCCUGACUGGCCAGCAGAGGGCAGCACAGCAAGCAAAAAGCUCCGCUGGCGGGUCGAAGCCAAGGGCAGGGAGCUUCCCUCCGAGGGGUUACGAGAGGAGAGUGGCGUGCAGAGCGUGGGUGGAGGGGCCGAGCGCAGACGCCUACAGCUGCUUCAGAGAGUGAGCGGGCUGGCCGUCUCCAACCGCCCCACCUCGGGCCCGCCGCAGGCUAAAGUGGCUCCCUCCACCCUGGCCACGCUUUCCACAUUCGCCUUUCUUCCUCCUGCUGAGGAAAAAACCAUAGAGGAGUUCACAACUCGGGCAAAAGCCACAGCAGAUUGUGAGGGUGGUGCAUUGGAAAGGGCUUCCAGCACAGUGGACAGCGCAGCCCCAAACACGACAGCUGUGGCCAGAGAGGGAUUAGGAGAGCAGCGCGUCAGCGAGCCCCACACUGGAGCAGCCGUGUCGCCAGUUAGAGGCGCGCAGACCGACGGACCACCCACAGCCUGCGCCGGAGCAGAGGAACAUGACGGAGCGGCGGCAGGCCGCGAGCUGGCAGUGAACCCCAGGAAGAGGAAGUGCUUUGAGCUAGGCACGGCAGGCCUCGGGGGCCCUCUCUUCAGCUCCUCGCUCUUAGACGAUGACGCUCUAGAUGUGGACUGGGAGGAAGAAUCUAAGAGAUAUAAUGUAUAAUUAAAGUUUGCAUUAAACAUGACUUAUUGA